AAUCCACAAUGAGAUACCCUUUUGUAGCCAUAAUCCAACGUACGCUGUAGCCAAGAUCGAGACAGCAUGCCGUGCACGAUCAAGAUCCGGCUGGUGGAGGCCCGUGACAUGCCUGUGGUGGACCGCACGAGCAAGCUGGCGGACGCGUACGUGAGCAUCACGUUUGCGAGCUUCGAGGCCAAGUCAUCGGUGUCCAAGAAGACUUUGAACCCAAAAUGGGACGAGGAAUUCCGCUUCGACGUGGCCGACGACUCGGUACUACAGAGCCAGCCAAUUGAAUUCAAGCUCAUGGACCACGACGUGUACACUACGGACGCCACUGUGGGCAUCGUCUACGUAGAUCUCAACUGCCUGCUCAUGCGGGAUGGCCACGUUAUACAGGGCUGGUUCCCAGUAUACGACACACUACUGGGAGUUCGUUGUGAACUGAGUUUAGUUAUUCGACUUCAGUACUUUGGAGAUGUGAACCCAUUUCGAGAGUCUUCAGCCGGUGUGCAAUUCUUCGGCCUGUCAACACUAGACCCGAGUCUCUACAGGAUCGAAAGCAUGCUGGGCUUUGUCGAGGAGCUCGUGGUGCAUGCAGACCCGGAAUAUUCGUGGAGUGACAGUUUUCGCACUUCAAGACGCAGUAACGAGCAUAGACAAUUAUUACUGUAUAAAUUGUCGUCUCAAGUGGCUACACUGGUUGGAAAAAAGGCGUUGGAGCUCGGAGGUAACGCCGUAUUGGCCUAUAAACAGUUUUUCGAUGUGGAAGGAGACAGUGGACUGGUAGCACGAGCAUGUGGCACGGCGUGUUACAUCACAUCAGUGGGGAAGAGCGAGUUAAUGUCGGACAAUGGCAGUCAACAGCGCACACAUAGCGAGGAUGGCCUGGACAGUGAACUGAAUGUGGAUAUUGACAAUGACGACAUCACGUCCAUUGGAGGAGAAAGCGUUGAGGCUUUAUUGUCGCCUCGGUUUUACCCAAGGCGUGUGCUGAAGGCGCUUAAAGCACCGGAAGCGUUCAAUAUCUCCGCACAUGACGAGGUGCAAUUGAUCACACUGAAAGUGUUUAAUCCAGCUACGAGGAUCCGAUUGGCUGGGAUUGUCAGUGCACGCUCGGUCAAGUAUCUUGGCAAGCUAGCGACAAAGCUGGCAGAUCAGGAAACUCGAGACUCGUGGUGGCUUGAACUCCGUGAAGAGAUCCGAGCUCACGCGCAGUCACUGCAAUGCCCCUUUGUUAUCGGCUACACGGAGUCAUGUACCAUUCACGAUGAUGUCUGUGUCAUCUCAGCCUCAGGAACUGCAGCAGUGAUGAAAAACCCUCUUGAAGACAGACCAACUCGACGGGAUGUCACUACCAGUUAUGACGCGGAUGACGAUGGACCUGAUGCACAUGCAGCCUCUUCUCCGAUGCUAAGUCUCCCUCUUCCCGAGAUUCCUGCUUCGAUUGGACGCCGGAGUCCCUCGUUCUCGUAUAUGACACACCAGCCAAUUCCAACAAGAACAAAGCCAAGACGGAGCCGCGUAUCCAAGUCACCCUGUCUUUUGUGCCACAUUCCGUACUCGCGAUCACUCGCACCAUUCUCAAAUAUGAGGAUGGUGCGCUGCGGUGUAUGUGGAAAUAAAUGGGUUCCAGAGAUGAUGAUCGCGUCCAUCGAGCCUCCUGCUGGUCUUGCGAUGAUGGGGAAAGGAACGUUUAUUCAAGCACGAGUUUGCCGUCAGCGGAGGAAAGGAACGGGCGAUGUUAACGCCACCAUCGUGUCAGACGCGCUACCAUUCCUCGAGUACGAGCUGUAUCGCCAGUUGAUUGUGAAGAUGAAAGUGCUCGGAGUGAACGCUGUGUUCGCGUUUGACUCGCAGAUCCAAGUCGGAGGCUCCCUUAUUGUCGGUGUCAUUACUGGUACCGGUCUGUACCUCCCUGCUCUCCCACCUCCUCCUACGCUUCGGAUCGAGCGAAACAUCGACGUGAAAGACGACGAAGAUCGACGUCUUGUUCAGCUUCAAGCACAAAUCGAGGAACUCAGCACGUUCAACAAGGACAGACUCCAUCGAGACCGUAUCUGUAUCGUUCAACCUGAGUACGAGUACUACAUUGGAGGCAGGAAUGCGCGUAACCAGCUCCAGGCUAGCACUUCGCUUUCAGACCAGGACGAUGACAAUGGGAAGGGAUCCAAGCGUCUGUUCCAGUUCACCCAGUCUAGACCAAGACGCGCGCGGAGGAGGCAACUACCACAACCGUCUCCAGACGACGGAGUUGCUAUGCACUCCACUACUAAUGCAGAUAACGCAGCUACAGCAGAGGCCUCGAUCACACCGGAUGGCACUACUACGCCUCCAGCUCCGGCCUCGCAGACCUCGCUUGACAAUGAUUCCAAGACACUCAGCUCCUCUUCGGAAUCAAGCUCCGAGUCGGAAGAAGAAGCGUUCGUCGAUGGCUUCAGCGACUCGAAGGAGACUUUUGUGCUGGAAAUCGACGAUGAGACCGAUGAAGACCUCAUGUCGGUGCUGCUGGAGCAGGAAUUGCCAGAGGGUAUCUACAUGUGCAACACGGAUCGCCUUCCGGGUGACUUUACUCCCGGUGAGAAUGUACAUUUGAUUGUGUCCAUGAAGCGAGUAGAGUGGGAUGAAGACCGCAUGCGUGAUACUCGACUUAAUGAGCUGCUAUCAGUUGUGUUCAAGGAGCUUUUCGCAAGGUACGGUUGCUACAUUCGUUGAUGUUAAGCAGUACUAACGUGGUUGUGUGGUUGUUCAGUCUUCUGUUUAAAGUGCGCUCGUACGCUCCCUGUGCCAUCUGCGGCUUAAAGACUCGAGUAGCGGUGGCAUCCGAAACGAUGAUUGAAGUGGUUCUAAGCGGUAUGGCAGUCUUGGAGAAGAACUGGGAAGAUCCACUUGAUAGUCUUUUCAACAACGCAGCGAUUUCUCUCGACAUGGAAGAAACACAGCCAGUUGACUCCUCUGACAACACCCGCUCGUCAUUACCUGCAGUGCACGACAUCCCGCUGUCUGGUAAAACUACAAGUCCCUCCAAGUUACACAUUCACAUGCCACGGCCUCGAAGCUUUUCACACUACCGUUUGAAUAACCCCAUGUCAACGGCUAUUCCAGCUCCAUACGGCCGCGAAUGGAUUGAGUUGACUCCGCUGGGUUACAUUCCUGGUGCUCAUGUGACUCGUUAUCUCGGUCGUGUGACGCUGCACUUCAUUAAGGAAAGUUGGACGGUGCGUGAGAGCGGAGGAUUGGGUGCCUUUUACCACUUGUUCCUGAGCGAAGCCAUCGCCAUCGUCCGAGCCCACGUACGCUCCUUGGGUGGCAACGCCAUGUUGACAUUCCGUCUCGUGCCCAUCGAGUCCAGCCAACUGUAUCGCAACCAAGUGUACAACAUGAUCAGCAUCACAGGUGACGUCGUCAUGAUCGAGCGAGAAGUGGACACCAACGUGUACCCGCCCAAUAUGUGGAGCAGUAAAUCCUCCCACGCAGCUGAAAUCGACAAGCUCUCGUCUCUUGACGACGCAUUCGCCAACGCCAUUAUUGAAGACGCAGGCAACAUUAACUCCUAGACAAAUUAAAUAGGCAUCUUAAUGUCAAAAAUAAAAUACCGCAGCUCUAGUAAAAUUGCUUCAAUAGAAAAACAAUAAAUUAACCAAAUAGAAAGCUAUCUUUCAC